AUGGACCAACAAACACCACAAGAAUUCAUCCUCGAGGCCUUCGCCGAUCCAGCGUCCGUACGAGAUGUAGUGCGAGGAAUCCUGCAUACGAUCUUCUUCCACCGAUUCUUCCCGUCCCUAACGCCUCGCUCGCGCGAGGUCCUCGAUAUCACGCUACCAUUCGUCGACGAUGCCGAGCUAGACACGAUGAUCGAGAAGCGGGCGGCCGAGCUGGAGCGCGAGCUCGACGCCGAGCGCACGACGCACACGACACAUGUCCACACGCACUCCCGCUCGCUGUCCCACCCGGUGCAACCGCAGCAGCAGACCCGAGGCAGCGGCGGCCGCGGGCACAUCUCGGUCCAGUUCUUCGAGAAGAAGCGGCGGAAGACCUGGUACAUGCGCGCGUACGGCGGCGGCGACGAGGAGAUAUGCUGGGAGUCGUGGACCGUCAAAGUUACCGUGGCCGAGCCGCGCACCGAUAGCGAACGAGCUAAAGUCCGCAAAGCUAUGGAACAAACCCUCCUAACGACCGCCAUGAAGAUCGUCACCUGCGUCAACUCCCACAAGGACCACAUCCCGCCCAUCACCACCAGCGAGGCCAACCCCUUCCCCUACCAGAUCAACGUCAACCAGAAAGACGCCGGCUGGGCCACCCGCAUGGGCAUCUACUAG